AUGGGUUUUCAUCAAGAGUUCAUGAUCCUUCUCUUUUGGCCUCUUUUGCUAACAUCAACCAUUUCCAGCUAUUCCUCUGGCGAUGUGAAAUCAUGGUGCAGCAACAUGCCUUACCCACAACCAUGUGAGUACUUCUUGACCUACCAUCCUAAGCAAACCCCUCUCAAGCGGAAAUCCCAUUUCCUCAGGGCCUCAAUGCAAGUUGCCCUCCAAAGAGCCCAGCUCGCCCGAACGAACUCGUACUCGCUAGGCUCUAGGUGCCGCAACGAGCGCGAGAAGGCCGCAUGGACUGACUGCCUCCAGCUUUAUGAGCACACGGUCCACCACUUAAACAGGACUGUCAAUCACCAGGGCACUCAGGAUGACGUGCAGACCUGGUUGAGCACUGCCCUAACCAACCUUGAGACUUGUCGGGCCGGGUUCGUCGAGCUUGGCAUCUUGGACAACAUAUUGCCCUUGAUGUCGAAUAACGUUUCCAAGUUGAUAAGCAACGCUUUGUCCGCCAACUAUGCAUCCUACGGUACGCCGAACUACACCAAUGAGUUCCCUACUUGGCUAAGACCUGGCAACAGAAAGCUCUUACAGUCUUCAUCCGUAUCAUCUAUGGCCAAUAUUGUGGUAGCCCAAGAUGGUUCCGGGAACUACAAGACAAUUAGCGAAGCUAUAACCGCGGCAUCGGAGUGGUCUGGCAUGGCAAGAUACAUAAUCCAUAUCAAGGCCGGUACGUAUGAAGAGAAUGUUGAAGUUGGAUCAAAAUUGGAGAACAUUGUGUUCGUGGGUGAUGGUAUUGGAAUGACCAUAAUUACCGGAAGCAAAAGUGCCGGUGGAGGAUCUACUACCUUCAAUUCAGCAACUGUCGCUGUUGAUGGUGACGGAUACAUUGCCCAAGACAUCACUUUCCGUAACACCGCCGGCGCUGCAAAUUACCAAGCAGUAGCUCUACGUUCUAGCUCCGACCUCUUAGUCUUCUAUCGAUGUGGCUUUGAGGGAUAUCAAGACACCCUUCAUGUUCAUUCCGGGCGACAGUUCUAUAGAGAGUGCGACAUUUAUGGCACUACUGAUUUCAUCUUUGGAAAUGCUGCCGUCAUUUUCCAGAACUGCAACAUCUACGCCAGAAACCCUCCUAACAAGGUCAAUACCAUCACUGCACAGGGUCGGACUGACCCCAACCAGAACACUGGCAUCUCCAUCCAAAACUGCAAAGUCACCGCAGCUUCAGACUUGAUAAUGGUUCAAAGCUCAGUGAAGACGUACCUCGGGAGGCCGUGGCAAGCAUAUUCAAGAACUAUUUUCAUGAUGACUUAUCUUGAUAGCCUAAUUGACUCGACUGGCUGGUUGGAGUGGGACGGUGACUUUGCCCUUAUGACUCUGUACUAUGGAGAGUAUAUGAACACGGGCUCCGGGUCAUUGACCACAUAUAGGGUCACGUGGGCAGGUUACCAUGUCAUCACAAGCGCAAUGGAGGCUUCGAUGUUCACCGUUGGGAACUUGAUCCCCGGUGGCACUUGGUUGCUUGCCACUGGCAUGCCUUACACCUCUGUGGGUUACAACGUGCCUUACACCUCUGGGGGUUACGACGUGCUUUACACCUCUAGGGGUUACAAAUUGUUCAUCACUUUUAUUGGGGCUUACAUUGGUUAUUUUCUUUUAAUUUUUGGUAUCUAUUUUCAUUUCAACUAG